UCGCGCAGAGAUAGUUUUCAGAGCUUCAUUAAUUCUGCAUCUGGGACCAAGAUUCUCCAUCCCGCCUCCGCGCAAAAACACCAAUUCCAUCUCCCCAUCAUCAAUCACCAUGUUCCGAGCUUCGAUUGCCAAAGUACGUCCAGCCGAGGCGCGCGCCUUGGGUUCUCUGGCCCAUGUGCGAGCCAGCCCCUCCCCCAACGGCCUAACAUGGGCGGUACGCAGCGGGGGAGCCAUCCGGAGCAGGACUCUCUCCACACUACCCCGUCCUGCCAUCGUUGGUACCCCAUCUUUGAACCAAGUCACCUUCCAACACCGUCAAUUUUCCUCGUCUAGCAGCAUGGCAUCCACGCGAACAGAAAGCGAUGCUUUUGGAGAGAUCCAGGUACCGGGAGACAAGUACUGGGGCGCGCAAACGGAGAGGUCGCUGGAGAACUUCAAGAUCAACCAGCCCCAGGACCGCAUGCCGCCGCCCAUCGUCAGGGCUUUUGGCAUUCUCAAGGGCGCAGCCGCUACAGUCAACAUGAAAUUUGGGCUGGACCCAAAGGUCGGACAGGCUAUCCAACAAGCCGCCGAAGAAGUGGCCUCCCUCAAGCUCAUCGACCACUUUCCCCUCGUUGUUUGGCAGACUGGAUCUGGCACCCAGUCCAACAUGAAUGCCAACGAAGUCAUCUCGAACCGCGCCAUUGAGAUCUUGGGGGGCAAGAUGGGCUCCAAGAAGCCUGUCCACCCCAACGACCAUGUCAACAUGUCCGCCUCCUCCAACGAUACCUUCCCUACCGUCAUGCACAUUGCCGCUGUUAUCGACUUUGAGGAGUCAUUGCUCCCCGCGCUCAAGGGCCUCCGCGAUGCUUUGAAGAAGAAGGCCGACGUAUUCGAGAAAGUCAUCAAGAUCGGCAGGACACAUUUGCAAGAUGCCACGCCUUUGACUCUAGGUCAGGAGUUCUCUGGCUACGUCCAGCAGCUGGACUUUGGCAUUGAGCGUGUGCAGUCGUCGCUCCCCCGCCUCAAGAUGCUCGCUCAGGGUGGAACCGCCGUCGGAACCGGCAUCAACACAUUCAAGGGCUUCGCCGAAGACAUCGCCUCUGAAGUCAGCAAAAUGACCGGUCACGACUUCAUUACGGCACCCAACAAGUUCGAAGCCCUCGCAGCCCACGACGCCAUCGUCGAAGCCCACGGCCAGCUCAACACCCUCGCCGCAUCCCUCUUCAAAAUCGCCCAAGAUAUCCGCUUCCUAGGAUCUGGACCCCGCUGCGGUCUCGGCGAGCUCAAACUCCCAGAAAACGAGCCCGGAUCCUCCAUCAUGCCUGGCAAGGUCAACCCCACCCAGUGCGAGUCCCUCACCAUGGUCUGCGCCCAGGUCUUUGGCAACAACGCCGCCACCACUUUCGCAGGUUCCCAGGGUAACUUUGAGCUCAACGUCUUUAAGCCCGUUAUGAUUCGCAACCUCCUCCAUAGCUCCCGCAUCCUCGCCGACGCCAUGAAGAGCUUUGAGAAGAACCUGGUUGAAGGCCUCGAGGCUGACGAGAAGCGCAUCGCUUCGCUUCUCAACGAGAGUCUGAUGCUCGUGACCUGCCUCAACCCGGUCAUUGGCUACGACGCGGCCUCCAAGACCGCAAAGAAUGCGCACAAGAAGGGCAUCACGCUCAAGCAGAGCGCCCUCGAGCUCGACAUCAUCAGCGAGGCCGACUUCGACAAGUACGUCCGUCCCGAACUCAUGAUUGCGCCUGCGGAUAAGAAAUAAACUACACAUAUACGCGACAAUGGCACCGAUAUCAGGUUUAUCGAAGUUGGGCAUUUGUGCGUGAUCAGCGAUACAAAAAUACAAGAUGGGGGAAUUGUUAUAGAAUGUGUAAAUAAGUACAAACCGUGUAUAAAAAGUAAAGCAGAGCAUUUGUCUGUACCAUUCAUUACUGGAUUCAUGUUUGGACUACUUGCUCAUUCCAGUCCUAUCCAUUCAACAUGUAGGGACAGUGAACUACGGCACACACACACACACACACCCAAAAAGCAGAUUCCCACCUCCAACAACUCGAAGACGCAAUCAUCAAAGUAAGAAAGAAACCAUGCCAUCUAUGCCGAAAGCAAACAACAAACCCCCUCCCGAUUGGAAAUUCUACUCGUUGUUGCAGAACUUAAGCUUGAUUUUAUUUUAUUUUUUUCUCACUUCGACCACGGAAACACAUGUAUUCCGACAGCAUCAUCACCCUUCAAAAGUAAAAAAAAAAAUAACUAACUCCAACUAUGUUGGCAUAGGUCCCCAUCCAAGCUGACAUGACGAGUGGCUCAUCUCGGGUCUUCCAUCAUUCCAACGAACGUGACGUUUCUCUCCCAGCUCUCUCUCCGCACAUAAAGAUGCAGAGAAACAAGCAUACACGCGCGUUGGCGAAAUAUCCUGGGGAGGAGGGGAGGGAAGAAGCAGCAGCAACAAGAUUUCCUUAAGGGAUCCAAUGAUUUUUUUUUCUCUUCUUCUUUUUUUUUUUGAAUGUGCCCAGCUACAUUGUUGAAUGAAUGCGACUACAUGUACU